GCUCCUCCUUCGAUUUCAUUGGUCAGCGCUGGUGACGUACAGCCCGUGCACGGCCCUCCCUUAGCGGAUAGAGUUCAGCUGAGACUUCGGUUGACCUUGCAUUACAUAGCGGUUCACAAACAAACCACCGUCCAGUGAAAACAUGGCAACUCCUAGUUUACCUGUGAUCGCACAGAUGCCAGCAGUAUCUAACUCGGGAUUCAGGUUAUCAAAAGGUAACGUAUAUAAGAUAGUUUAUUUUAUUUAAACAGUGUAGCAUGCUAACAUUGGAAGAGGGUUUUAGUUUGCCACUUCAACUUGGCUACGACCUGAUAUCACCCCCACCCAAGUAACAUCUGACGGGCAUUUUGAGCGACGGGGUUAUGAAAACUGCGUCUAUUGAAAGCAUUUCAACGUGAUUGUGUUCAUGAAAUCUCCAAAUUUCUGUGCACGUUAUCUGCAGCUUGUCUAAGAAGCAUUUAGCACAACUAGCUCGUUCUGUCAAAUGUCUCCUUGUUUUGAGUUUCCUUCUUCAGCAUGUCACUGAAAAAGCUUUGGCUCAUCAACCAAAGCCGUAAAGAGUCUUGGAGUCGAUCCAAGCUUUUCCAGCAGGAGUUGUGUCUGUGUAUGGUGGCCUCAUGUAAACCCUCUUGUGAAGCUGCUAAUCACUGAGCACGUUGAUUCGGAUCGACAGCAGGGCCCCUGGUCCUCUUGUCUUGCGACUCUGCAUCAUGUGAUACCCAGUGGACCUGGAUUAUCCUCGUCAGUACCGUGCUGGAAAAGGGCAAUUUCACAACCUCUGUGCAGGAUCAGAAGCUACACAAACUACAGCUUCUUAGUUUUCUCUAAAUGGGUCAUAUUGUGUGUUCAGGGUAACAAAACUGUGAGGGACUGAACAGUAAAUAAAAUUGGUUGUAUAUUAUCUGUGUACUGGUAAUGUUAAAAGACUGAAGUUAACGAUUUUUUCUGUACUGUCCAGAAUAAACAUACAGUAUCUUAGUUGGUUUGUGUUGCUGACACUGUACAUCCCAGAGACUUAAAGGGAUAUACCAGCGGAAAAUUAAUUUAAGGUCAAACACACAACAACAUCGAGUUAGACACCCCCUCGAGGGAUGAAUGUUGCCAACCACUAGCUUCUCUAGUUAUACCAACUCUAGUAAGGACCGCACGAUAGCAAUACACAGCGGUCCCAGGAGCCAUAAACAAACAUCAACCAAAAAGCCACUCUACAGCCACAAAUAAUGCUAAGAACAGCACCCAACUUCAUCAACAGUACAUAUAGGGUCCUAGCCAUAGUACUAGCCACCAAACAUCUUUUUAACUUUGCCUAAUUUUUGUAGCAAAGAGACUAAACACAGCUCACCUACUCUCUUCCAGCAGCCGUUUGUUUGUAGUGAGACCUUGGGCCAGUCCAUUACCGACUGCAGCGGGGUGACACAGCUCAAGGAAGAACAUUUAUGAUCAUUUCUUCAUGGAAAUGCAAUCAGACCGAGAUGCUGAGGCAGAAGAUCUACUGCAUCUGCAGUGCAAAAUGAUUUAAUAUGGUGAUUAUUACUUAAAGAAAAUGUAAAGAAAUAAUCAUAAAUGUUCUUCCUUGAGCUGUGUCACCCCGCUGUAGUCCGUAAAGGACCGGCCCGAGGUCUCGCUACAAACAAACAGCUGCUGGAAGAGAGUAGGUGAGUUGUGUUUAAUCUCUUUGCUAAAGAAAUCAGGCAAAGUUAAAAAGAUGUUUGGUGGCUAGUACUAUGGCUGGGACCCUAUAUGUACUGUUGAUGAAGUUAGGUGCUGUUCUGAGCAUUAUUUGUGGCUAAAAUGUGGUGUUUUGGUCGAGGUUUGUGUAUGGCUCUUCAGACGGCCGUGUAUUGCUAUUGUGCGGUCGUUACCUAAGUUGGUAUAACUAGAGAAGCAAGCAGUCACUAACAUUCAUCUCUUGAGGGGGUGUCUAAAUUGGUGUUACAGUGUGUUUGAUCCUAAAUUAAUUUUUGCGGAAUAUCCCUUUAACACCUUGGUGUUGUUGUGAGCAGGAGAGGGUGGGUGUAUGUGGGUCACCGCAGCAAAUUUUUACAAGGAGGUGUUACAAGGAAGCAUGUGUAAUUGAUAAAAUCCUAAAAACUGUCUCUUUCCAGAGCAUUUGGUGGUAGCAGUGCCUGUUGCAGUGGUCGCAGCUGUCGGAGGAUUCCUAGUCAGCCAUUACCUGAGUGGGAGAAGCUGUAAAAAAGGUCAGGUGAACUUAACAGUCAGUAAAGACAGUCCCAAAGUGGUCCACAGCUUCGACAUGGAGGACAUUGGCACCAAGGCUGUGUACUGCCGCUGCUGGAAGUCAAAGAAGGUUAGGCUUCAUCCAAUGCCUCAGAGGCUGUUUUUGGAAAAACCUUUUAUUAGAUACUUUGUGUUUAAGAUAUGCUGCAUAAGCUGCAAUUUCCCUGUUAUUGUCCAAACUUGUUUCAAUACUCCUAAGUGUGUAGAUAAAAAUAAACUAAAGGACAAAUAAAUUAGCAAAAGAAAAAACAACCCCAGCAGCAAAGGGAUAUGGCGAACAAGUCAGAUCUGAAUUCAGAGCCAACAACAACCUCAGCAGUUAAAAAAUGAGUUUCAGGUCCCUGUUUCUACCAUUGCUGACACUCAUGUUGCACUUCUGGUUGCAUCCCACUCUGGUGGCGUGUGCAGAGGCUGAAGUGUUAUGCAGGAGUGAAAGUAAUGCUUGGAGACACCAACCUCUCCUCUGAAUCUGACUGAAUAACAACAUGUGUAGAGAUUACUCAAGAGAUGUUGGGCCUUGUAUUGAAAUAGACCAAAGUCUGUCUUUGGUAUUCUUGGAUGGGUGAUAAACCGAGUCCACCAUUAACCCAAUUGACAGCAUUCUUAACAAGGAAAAUCACAAUGUUUUAAUUGGAUAUGUCUUUAUUAUAUCAUCAUUCUAUAGAGCACAUAGUUGAUGAGUGUUUAUUUUCCUUUAAUAUUUUGCAUUGACCUUGCAGUUCCCUUUCUGUGAUGGAGCCCAUACCAAACACAAUGAGGAAACCGGGGACAACGUUGGACCUCUCAUCAUUAAGAGAAGGGAUGCUUGAGCCAAUCACUGAACUGUGAACUCCCUCCCCCACUUCUCUACCACCCAUCCCCAGUCCGUCCAAUCAUUAUUUCAGCGCCACACUGACAGUCACAGUAUGAUUCGGCCAUAUUUGCAUCAAUGUAAACAACAGAAAUUCAUGACGGAUCAAAAUAACUCUUGCAGUGCUAGAAAUGUUGUUGGUCAAUCUAUUCUGAUUUACUGAUUUCAAACUGGUUUGAAUCGUCGUUUGAAUCGUCGAUUAACUGACAGGCUUCAUGAUCAAAGGCUUUUUAAGGUGAGAUAAGGUCAGUCUUGGUGGUACUUAAACGGCACAGUAUUGUACCCUGAAGUCUGAUGUAACCCAUGUCCCCGUCCUUCUUGUCUGUCUCAGUUGUGGAGCAGACUUGAACUGGCAGCACUUUGCCUCAGUCUUUUCAGUAUCCCAUCUUUUUCAUCAAAAGCCUUACAUUAAAACUCAGCUCUCAAAAACGAUGCUUACUGAGGUAGUGGGUGUCACCGGUGCUACAGUGGUUAGGCCCGUACUGAUUACUUGCCAACAGUCCUUUCCCUUUUCCUAAAUCCAGAUUAUUCAACAAAAAAACUACAUUUGCAAAAUGAAAGUGUGCAGCAGUAACAGAGUUACAGCACAAAGGAGGGGUCACUUAUAUAACUAGAAAGAAGCUGCAACCAAUGACCAUGUUAACAGGCGUUUAACAUCACCUAAUGCAGAACGCUGCUGCAUUCACGUCCAUUUAGGCAGAUGCAGAGUAACAUCUUGUUCUGACAGGCUUAAAAUGCACCAACCAAAGGAAGGUAGAGUUAGCCUCUUGUUACCCAAUUUUCUCUUUGUGGGCUAGACUGUAAGUUUCGAGGUUGUGGUGGAUGCAGUGUCCACAAUAACAGUGGCCAGAGUUCUCUUAGCCCUUUCUUACAUACACUCAUGAUUACGUGAAAACAUUUCCUAGAAGAGCCACAUGUUUAAAUAACAUCCAGCCUCCCUGAAGGCUAUGUAAUGUCAGGUUGAUGUACAACCGAUCACAUGAUUAUCAAGAGCAUUCAAGGCAAGCCAGUGAACAUUGUAAUGACACCUUUGACACUGCAAGUAGUGAGCUGCUAAGUACUCUUUAUUUGCUUUCCUCUGUAUUGCCUUACUCUUUUUACUGAUGCUGCAGUCAUACCUAAACAUGUUUGUAAAAUAUCAGUGCAAAAAAAAUCAGCAUGCUGUAUCUUCUUUUGUUGAAAAUGUCUGACAUUGAAAAUCUCCUGCUCUAAGUUACUUUCCUGUUCAAGGCAACUCUUCCUGUUUUUCUGGAUUUACCUUAUUGCUUUUACACUAAAAUGAUAUCUGGGUUGCACUCUCCUACUGCCUGAAUCCAUGUGAAUGCAGCAUAAAGUCAGCUGAUACUGAGUAACGAUGUCAAAUGUAAUCUCUACUGCCACUUGUGUCAAAAGUUUAUAAAUCAGUGGGGAGAUUUCUUGACCGGGGCACCCCUAUCUCAGGACCAGAGUGUUGACACAAAUCCAACCCAUGUGAAGGUUACAUGUAUGAUUUUUGCACUAAGAGCUGCUUAGAGAAGAGAAGCUCCGCUUGUCUUAAAUGAAAUAAUAACCAUCAAUCUUGAAAAGUGUUAAAAUAUUCUGUUUGUAUCAAUUUACUUUUGGCUCUAAGGAAAUGUGUAUAAUCUGUAAAAUGUUCAAAGGUCUGCUUUUUAAAGUAUAUAUUUUGCUUGCUCAUUAGAUUUGUUUUCUAUGGGGUUUGGUGUACAUGACUCAUCAAUAUUUUUCUGUAUAAUAUGAAUAAACUUGAGUGAUCUGAUCA